CCACUCUCCCUAAGAUAAUUUUGUUCAGUCCAUUUUCUCGUUUUCCAUUAUCGCCUCUCCCUAACCAAACACUCACCUUAUCAAUUCAAAAAAUACCACCAAACAAUCUCACCACACCAGACACCACUCCCCUUCCGAUAUUCCGCCAUAACUCUUCUUUCUCUCUCCUCCAAUCCCCAGUUCGAUGCCUGGUUCUCUUCCCGAUGCUUCUCUGUAGAAAAUGGCGUCUUCCCCGUCGAUGUCAGUUUCAGUUGAAUGUGUGAGCGUGUGUAAAUUAAAGCUAUGGAGAGGAGAAGGGAGCAGUGGGAGGUAUGAUUGUAGUGUACUGUCGUGUGCCUGGAAGGCUCCUAGGACUCUGACUGGUUCUUUAGCUAGUACUACUCAGAGUUCGUCUUCGUUUCCGUUGUCGUCUUGGCCAGAUUCGUAUAGAAGAUUCAACCGGCACAUAUACAGAUGUGGGAAUCCUGACAUUAGAUUCAAUCACUGCACAGAGACCUGCUUUUCUGAUGCUGGAUGUAUCUUCAAAGCUUUCUUGCGACAUCCAACUUCCAAAAGAUGGAAAUGGGACUGCAUGUUAUCGCCUAGUUCUGAUUCAAUUGAUAAAGCUUCAGCUUCAGCUGAAAGUUUGUGGGAGGAUCUAAAACCUAGCAUCUCGUACCUGCCUCCUGAUGAACUUGAAUUGGUUCAGAAAGCCCUAAAGCUUGCUUUUGAUGCUCAUGAUGGUCAAAAAAGGCGCAGUGGAGAACCCUUCAUCAUCCAUCCAGUUGAAGUUGCACGUAUUUUAGGAGAACUCGAAUUAGAUUGGGAGUCUAUUGCAGCUGGGCUAUUGCAUGAUACUGUUGAAGAUACAAAUCUUGUAACUUUUGAGCGGAUUGAAAAGGACUUUGGUUCUACUGUUCGUCACAUUGUAGAAGGGGAAACCAAGGUAUCGAAGCUUGGGAAACUCAAGUACAAAGAUGAACAUAGUUGUGUACAAGAUGUAAAAGCGGAAGACCUACGACAGAUGUUUCUAGCAAUGACAGAAGAGGUCCGAGUGAUCAUUGUCAAACUAGCUGAUAGAUUGCACAACAUGCGUACACUUUCACACAUGCCAUCUCAUAAGCAGACAAGUAUAGCUCUUGAGACGCUGCAAGUGUUUGCUCCUCUGGCAAAACUGCUAGGAAUGUAUAAAAUUAAGUCUGAACUUGAAAACCUGUCAUUCAUGUACACAAACGCCCAGGAGUAUGAGAAGAUCACUAAAAGAGUUUCUGAGCUUUAUGCAGAACAUGAGAAAGAGCUAAUUGAGGCAAACAAAAUGUUGGUGAAUAAGAUUGAGGAUGAUCAGUUCUUGGAACUUAUGACCAUCAAAACUGAAGUGCGUGCUGUACUUAAAGAGCCUUACAGUAUUUAUAAAGCUGUAACCAAAGCAAAUGUUUCAAUAAAUGAGGUCAACCAGAUAGCUCAGCUUCGUAUUGUUAUCAAGCCUAAACCUUGCAGUGGAAUCGGGCCUCUGUGUACUGCUGAGCAGAUAUGCUACCAUGUUCUUGGGCUUGUACAUGGUAUAUGGUCUCCAAUUCCUAGAUCUAUGAAGGAUUACAUUGCGACUCCAAAGCCUAAUGGCUUCCAAAGCUUGCAUACGACUGUCAUCCCAUUCCUUUAUGAGAGCAUGUUCCGAGUGGAAGUUCAGAUUAGAACAGAGGAGAUGAAUCUAAUAGCUCAAAGGGGGAUUGCUAAUCACUAUUGUGGGCGAGUCUCUGUUGAUGGUUUAGCCAGGAAUUCAAGGGGGAAGCCUGUGUGUCUUAACAACAGCAAUGCAACACUCAGGAUUGGCUGGCUCAAUGCAAUCAGAGAAUGGCAAGAAGAAUUUGUUGGCAACAUGAGUUCUAGAGAGUUUGUAGAUGUCAUCACCAGGGAUCUCUUAGGCAGCCGUGUUUUUGUAUUUACUCCCCGUGGAGAGCAGAUAAAGAAUUUGCCAAAGGGAGCAACAGUUGUUGACUAUGCAUAUAUGAUCCACACAGAAAUUGGGAACAAGAUGGUGGCUGCAAAGGUCAAUGGGAAUCUUGUUUCUCCGACGCAUGUACUUGCCAAUGCUGAAGUUGUGGAGAUAAUAACAUAUGAUGCGCUCUCGAGUAAAUCUGCUUUCCAGAAGCACAAGCAGUGGUUACAACAUGCUAAAACCCGCAGUGCUCGUCAUAAAAUUAUGAAAUUUUUGAGGGAGCAAGCUGCAUUGUCCGCCGAAGAAAUCACUACAAAUUCUAUAAAUGACUUCAUUGCUGAUUAUGAAAAGGAAGAAGUACAAAAGGAGACCUUGGACUUUUCCAGGGUGAGAAGGCCAAUUUCAGAGACAAUAGUUGAGAUUUUGUUGCCUCCUGACAAUCCUGAAGAUCUUCAGCUGUCAAAUGGCGCCUUUUGUGCCCCAAAGGUCAAUGGGAAACACAAUAAGCAUAUAGAGUAUUCAAAUUUGGACAAGGGGCAACUAUUAUCACAAGAUAACGAUAUUGCUAAGUUGAUUAUUGCUAAUACUGCAAGGCCCAGGGUUGUUCUUCCAGAGUUAGAAAGUUGGCAAACCAGCAAGAUUGUUGCCUGGCACAGUAUUGAAGGGAACUCCAUCCAGUGGCUCUCUGUAGUUUGUGUUGAUCGCCGGGGUAUACUGGGCGAAGUGACAACAGUGUUGGCUUCUUUAGGGAUCUCAGUAUGCUCCUGUGUGGCUGAACUUGACAGAGGGAAGGGUAUGGGAGUCAUGCUAUUUCAGAUUGAAGGGACUCCGGAUAAUUUGAAUGAUGCUUGCGCAAGGAUUGAUCUCAUACUCGGUGUUCUGGGAUGGUCCACAGGUUGCAGUUGGUUGAGCCCCACUCCAGUAUAGAAAAUGCUUGUCAUUAUAUGGAAACUCAGAAAGGAGAAAAAUGAUAAAAGAAAGGCGUGGCCGGUUGUGGGUAUCACAUAGCCACAUACUAUACCAUAUUCUGGUGUUCUUCACUACAACCCACCAUUUUUGUUCUCCAAGCACUCGCUGCCCUGCAGGCUUGUGAGUGGAAGUUGUGUGUGGAGGAGAGACAGAGGCGCUCUCUGAUGGUGUGGUUUGUUGAACCAGAAUCCUGGAUAUUUGAUGAUUUGGUUUGUUAAACCAGAAUCCUGGAUACCAAACCAGAAUCCUGGAUAUUUUUGGUUGAACGUGGUGAAGUAGAUAGCGUGAGCCGAUUUAGCUCGUAUACUAAGUCAGGGCAAUGUAUAUACAGAGAAGAGUUAUAGUUAGGACUAUAGGUGUAUAUGGGGAAUACAAGGCUUCAUCCACCAGGAAAGACAAAGGGAGAAGCCAUACAUAGCCAUGUGUUAAUUUCCAGAGUUCAUUCAUGUAUUUAAUUCUAUAUUAAUUUUCUUUUACA